AUGAUGAUCACGGCUUAUGUUGAGCGUGGUCUCAUGUUUGAAGCCCGCCAAGUCAGACAUGGGUUAGGAGCGGGUGCUUUAGAGGAAUUCGAGAAGAUGAUGGAAUGUGGUUACAAGCCUGAUCAGGUUGCUGCUGAAGGGAUCUCGAGGCUGAGGAGAGAGCACCCUGCGGCUUAUCAUGUUCUGUGUAGAGUUCAUGGCGAGAAAGGAGAUUGGACUUGUGUUAUGGAGUUGAGGAGAUUGAUGAAGAUCACCAAAGUGAGGAAGCAAGACGCAAAGUAG